AUGGCUUAUAUUCAUCCCAGAUACGAGUACGUCAAGGCCUUCGAGCAACCAGACGUUUUGCUCCCCAAUACCUGGAUCGUAGUCCGCAUCGAUGGACGAGGGUUCCACAAACUUACCGACCGCUAUCAGUUCAAGAAACCUAAUGACCGCCGCGCGCUAGAUCUAAUGAAUGCCGCGGCUGUAGAGGUCAUGAAAGACCUUCCUGACCUGUGUAUUGCAUAUGGUGUCAGCGAUGAAUAUAGUUUUGUCUUCCAUCCAAGCUGCCAGUUAUUCGAGCGGCGGAACGCCAAGCUAGUAACGACUAUUGUAUCCACAUUCACAGCUCAUUAUGUAUAUCUGUGGGGGAGGUACUUCCCAGAUACCCCUCUUCAGUCACCGUAUCUACCUUCCUUUGACGGGAGAGCUGUUGUCUAUCCAGCUACUAGGAACCUACGGGAUUACAUGAGCUGGAGACAGGUGGAUUGCCACAUUAACAACCUCUACAACACAACGUUUUGGGCCAUGGUCCAACAAGGUGGUAUGAGCAACACGGAUGCAGAACGAGAGCUACAGGGAACCGUGUCAUCGGACAAGAAUGAAAUUCUUUUCAAGAGAUUCGGGAUUAAUUAUAACAACGAGGAAGAGAUUUAUAAGAAGGGAAGCGUAGUUUAUCGUCAAUACCAACUAGAGGAUAUCAAGCCAAAAUCAGAGCACAAUUCAGGCGCGCUGGCCGAGGAGGAAGGUAACUUUCUUCAAGAAACAAAGACGUCCAGAUCACAACAGGACAAGCUUCGUAAAUUGCGCCGAAAGGCACAGGUUAUUGUUGACCAUGUCGACAUCAUUAAAGAUGAAUUCUGGGAGCGAAGACCUUGGAUUCUCUCAGGAAAGCCGGGCAAAUUGCCCACAGUAGCUUGA